AUAAUUCCCAGAAGAGAAAAACACUGAUAACCAAAUAUGUAAGCCUUGCUGAUAAGCAAAGAGCCAAAUUAGAACACCACUGCCACUCCCGAACUAGCAAACACUUACCUAAAAUCAUAGCAUCCAGUACUAGUGAUGGUUGGAAUAGUUCCUUCUAAGAACAGCAAAUGAGUCAGCUGGCCUCUGCUAACUGCUCACGUCCUUCCCUCCUUGUGAGGUAGGUACAAUUAUCCCCAUUCCGCUGAUGCAGAAACUGAGCCUCGGAAGUCACUAACGUGCCCACAGUAACUUGCCGUACUGUGGAGGUGCAGUGCUGUUCACUGCAAGUGGGUGUGUAAGUGAAUACGCAACCGUGUUGGAGGGCAGUUGGGAAAACAUAUAAAAAAUGUUCAUUCCCCUUCACUCAGUAAUUCUGCUUUCGAGAACCCGUGCUAAGGAAACAAUUACAGAGGUGCCAUGCUGCUUUCUGCAGCACGUGUGAAAGGACAGCACACCUGUUCUGCUGCUGGGCUGGGGUCAGGUCACAGUGUGCCUUUGUGAUGCGGACUGUCCAUGGGAGUUAGCUCGUAACACAAAGUGAAAAGAGGUACAAGCUGUCUAUACGAUAUGCAACGUAUAGACUGUGAUUUCUUGGCUGGUGGGAUUAUGGUUUUUGCUUUCCUCAUCCUUUUCUGGUCUUUACAAUCAGAACUUACUAAUUUUAUAAUCAGAAACGAAAGCUAAGGGCUUUCAGUCUGCUGUGUGCGUUUGAUGCUGAGUUUGCAGGAGACUGGGCCCAGGGAAAUUGGGACGGCAGGGUUGGCAGAAGCCAAGUCCCUCACAGGCGUCCCGGGCGUGGUUCCCGGACUCGCUCUGGGCGGCCCGGGAGGCGCUAGCCUCGCCCUCACCCCGCCCCCAGCGCGAGUCCUUGCCGGCGGCCCAGACCCUGGGGGCACAGCGAUGCCUCUCAGUGGGCGCAAGCCUCCGCCAACACCACGGCGUACCUCUAGGAAGCCGACUCAGAAAGUCUCCCGACAACUCACCUGGAGAAACUCUCAGUCCAAACACCCCAGCCUGGUCAGUGAGUGGGACCAGGGGAAUGUGGGGAGCUAUUCCGAGUUGUUCGCAGCUGCCUUAGGCAACCUGGAAUGGUUGCGGUUCUGCCUGAAUCCGGACCGUGGGCAAAUCCCCACAGAUAACAAGGGGUUCACUGCCAUCCACUUUGCAGCCCAAAGCGGCAGGCUUGAAUGCCUGCAGGUCUUGGUAGAGGAGUACAAGUUUCCUGUGAACCUGCCCACCAACAAUGGCCAGACACCACUGCACCUUGUCAUCCGCAAGGAAAACAAGACCAUGGUCCUCCCCUGCAUCCACUACCUGCUUUGUCACGGGGCGGCCCUCGACACUCAGACAUGCAACGGCUCCACACCCCUGCACCUGGCGGCCCGCGAGGGCCUGCUGAGCUGUGUGAAGGUCCUGGUGACGAACGGCGCCAAUGUCCAUGCCCAAGAUGCCAUGGGCUGCAAACCCAUCGACUACUGCAAAAUACGGAACCACCGUGUCUGCGCUCGGUUCUUGAAGGAUGCCAUGUGGAAACGGGACAAGAAGGACUUUGCCUGUGAAAUGGGAAAACUGAAGAAGCUUAAAGUCCAGCUGGCCCUCAUGGAACAGGACUACCUGACCGAGCAUCAAAAAGAACAACAAAUUCUGAGAGAAGCUGAUUUCAAGAAGUGGCUCCGCCACAAGCUACUGCCUGGAGGCCAAUCUCUGAUCCACAAUGCUGAGAAAGAACCCCAAGCCCCACCCUGGACCAUCCCCCUCUCCAAGACCCCAAAACCCCCCAAGAGCUUCCACCCCUCUGUGGAGAUGCGCCUGCAACAGAUGCCACAGCUCAAGCCGCAGCCUUCGGUGACGCCCAAACCCAUCUACAAGCCCAUAGUCAGGCGGCCCAAGUUGUGGGAUAUUAGCAACAACCCUGUCACAUCCCCUACAACCCAGAUUGGCUACCCGCAGGGCAUCCGCCUGGGUGUGCACCCAGACCCCAACCUGGAGCACGACUUCCACGGGUUCCUUGAGGUCAGGUCUGAUGGGCACGGAGGUGCACAGUUGCGCACAGUGGCUGGCAAGCAGGUGGCACCUGUGCCUCAGCUCCCUUUGGAGGUGAUAUUCCGAGAGCUGUACCCUCAAGUGCGGCCAUGCAGGAUGAAGGUGCCCCAGGGCUUCCACCCUGUCAGCAUGAAGGAUGUGGCCAGGAAGCGAUACUUGGGCGACAACACCUUCUGGACUGACACACUGGCCAUGACCCUGCGUGAGACAUUUGAUGAAGCCUUCCUGGCAGCAGUGCAAGCUCAUCAAGGGCUCCCCACUAUGCCCUCCCCAGAGCCCUUCUCAUAAACUUACAUUGGUAGCCUCCUGACCUGAGGCAGGCCAGUGAAGGCUGAGGCGUGGCCAUUCAUGUUGUGGACAGGGAGCAAGGGGAGGAGCACCCAUAAGCUUCUCAUUCCCAAAUUCAAAAACCAGAGCCCCUGCCCCCCAACAAAAGCCCAGAUCCCAGGUUUCCCUUCUCUCCACAAAGAAAUCUCUGGGACACCUGCCAAAAGGUUCAAAUUAGGAUGGGAGCCCAAAGCUCAGAGUGGGGGGUCAGUCUCUAUCCCAGGCCCUAGCAUUAUGAAAGUAACACUUGGUGUCCCCUUUGCUCCCCCCAUUCCCCCAAAUGGCCCACCAAAGACAGCCUUUCAGGAUGGGGAACCACUGGGAAAUCCUGCCUCUUAUUCAGAUUAAGCCCUACUGCAGGCCCUAAGCCUCAUGCUUCAUCUCCAGAUCCAGAAUGGGGUGGAGGCAACUAAUGCACCACCCUGCCAUAGGCUUCCCUGACUCGGGGAUGCUGCCGGGCUUUCUGCAGGUCAGGGAGGCACAGGUGGCACAGCUGGGGGUAGUCAGGGAGGACCUAUGGCUUCAACUGGAGACUACAUCACCACGCGGACUUCCCCCAGGAAGCUAGCCCGCAUCCCCUGCUAUCUGCUGUACAAAUGACUACACACUGUUCAUUAAACAAACCUUUAUUAAACGCUUUCUG